AUGUGGCCGUUUAGCUCAAACAAGGAAAGCGCUACGCCGGUCGUCGCGCCUGCGCAGCCGGUGACGACGACAACGACGGAGCCACUUGAUAACAACCCAACGGACUACUUGCGCUCACACGCGUUUGAAAAGCAGAGCGCGAGUGCCCCAGCCCCUGGCGCCGAAGAGGCACCGACAGCGGCUGCACUGCUGCGCCAUACCGCACUCGACCCGGCGAAAUUGCACCCUUUCGCGAAUAUCAAGGACGACUUGGAGUACCUGGACAUUGAAGACGACAGGCCCAACUCGAUCGAGGGCGCUCGGACAGCGCUGCCUUCGCGUGGCUGGAGCGAUGACUUGUGUUACGGCACAGGUACCACGUACCUCGGUGGCCUCAUGGUCGGUGGCCUCAUGGGCCUGCGUGAGGGCAUGACACGCCCCCUUGGCAUUGAGUCGCCCACAUUCCGUCUGCGCAUGAACGCCGUGCUCAACCAGGUGAGCCGCCGCGGCACGUUUAUCGGUAACAGCGCUGGCGUAAUUGCGCUUACAUACAACAUCUUUGACGCAACGAUCGACGCCGUUCGUGGCGUCCACGAUAUCUAUGGCAGCCUGGCUUCAGGCGCACUCAGCGGCGCCUUGUUCCGCUGCACGUCCGGCCCACGGGCUAUGAUGGUCUCCAGCUCAUUGAUGAUGGCAUUCGCUGCGACAUGGACGUUGGCGAAGCAGUCGUUGCUAUAA